AGAGUGGAAGCUGGACCAGCACUCCCAGGAGAACUCACCAGAGCAAGGGCUCUGGAAAGUGUGCUCUGAAGGACAGUACUGCAGUGACCAUAAAAGCCUAACCAGUUAAACCACCAAGGAAACCUGAGCGAGUGAAAUUAGGAGUUUGACGACUGAAGCACUCCUUCAGCGAGAGAGAAAAGGAAUCAGCUCUGUGGCCUAGUGCUAUGCCUAGAGGUCAAGACACACUAAUUUUCUCAGCGCCCUGAACACUGAGGGUGAUGUCCAAGAACUCUCUCCAACCCCGUUAAAAGUUCUUCUGAGUCUGCAGUGUGUGGUUUCCAAAAGUUGCCUGUGCUUCUGCAGCCUGCUGGAGAAAAAAAAUGUUAGUGACCUUUGAGAGGAAUUCUCCCUGCACAUGUCAGCUGCUGCCAUCAUUCAGGCGGGUUACUCAAACGCCCAAGCUGAGCUUUCCAGGCUUGGAUAAGAAAUGGAUAAGGAUGAGAUUGACCUGCAGAGAAUCCCCCCAGAGGCACCUUGGGGGCCACGCACUGACAGUGCAUUUCAUGGGGUGGAAUUUCUGCCAGAAGAUCUUGGUGAGGCUCUGAAUAAAACUGCAAUGAGAGUGAAUGAGAAAUAUUCCUCUCUACCUGCUGAGGAGAAAGGGAUUCACAUUAUCAACAUCCGAGCUAUUGAAGACAUCGGAUACAUCCAGCGUGAAAGUACAUUAUUAAAUUCGCUGUGUCAGGAUCCAGAUGCCAACUGCAAACAUGGACUCUAUUUUAGAGAUGGCAAGAGGAAAGUGGACUACAUCUUGGUUUACCAUUACAAGAAAUCCUCAGUCAGUAAGACGCUCACUAGACGAAUUCAUCACAAUGACUCAAGUGCCCGAAGCAUCAAACAGGAUCAUCAGCUUCCUGGGAAGGGCGGGCACCUUCACGUGGGAGAAAGUGAGACUCACAUGGACUAUCAUGAAGAUGAUAAGAGAUUCCGCAGAGAAGAGUAUGAAGGCAACCUCAUGGAGGCUGGUCUGGAAUUGGAAAGAGAUGAAGAUACUAAAAUACAUGGGGUUGGAUUUGUAAAAAUACAUGCACCUUGGAAUGUUUUGUGCCGGGAGGCAGAAUUUCUGAAACUCAAGAUGCCCACAAAAAAGGUGUAUCAGAUAAAUCAAACCCAUGGUCUUUUGAAAAAAAUUAAUUCUGUAAUUCAAAAAAUAACAGAACCUAUCCAACCAAAAGUAGCAGAAAACAAACCAGAGACAGUGAAACGCCUCUCUUACCCCUUCUCCCGGGAGAAACAACACUUAUUUGAUUUGUCUGACAAAGAGUCCUUCUUUGACAGCAAAACUAGAAGCACGAUAGUUUAUGAAAUACUGAAAAGAACAACAUGUACCAAAGCCAAGUAUAGCAUGGGGACAGGAGAGGGAAGAAAGACGGAAACUACCCUUUUAAAUAAAAGAUGGAAAUGUGGUAAAUAUGGAAUCACCAGUCUGCUUGCCAAUGGAGUUUACAGUGCUGCAUAUCCUUUGCAUGAUGGUGACUACGAAGGUGAAAAUGUUGAGCUCAAUGACAGAAAACUCCUGUGUGAGGAAUGGGCAAGCUAUGGAGUCUUUUAUAAAUACCAGCCAAUUGACCUGGUGAGAAAAUACUUUGGAGAGAAGAUUGGACUGUAUUUUGCCUGGCUGGGAGUUUAUACUCAAAUGCUCAUUCCUGCUUCCAUUGUAGGGGUUAUUGUGUUUCUGUAUGGCUGUGCAACCGUGGAUGAGAAUAUACCAAGUAUGGAGAUGUGUGAUGAGAGAAACAAUAUCACCAUGUGUCCUCUUUGUGAUAAUACAUGCAGUUACUGGAAAAUGAGCUCUUCCUGUGCCACUGCUCGAGCGAGUCACCUGUUUGACAACCCAGCAACUGUCUUCUUCUCUGUCUUUAUGGCUCUGUGGGCUGCCACUUUUAUGGAACACUGGAAGAGAAAACAGAUGCGUCUCAACUAUAGAUGGGAUUUGACUGGGUUUGAAGAAGAGGAGGAGGCAGUCAAGGCUCAUCCCAGGGCAGAAUAUGAAGCUAAAGUAUUAGAAAAAUCACUGAGAAAAGAAUACAUACAUAAAAAGACUGAUAAAGAGAAACUGACAUGGAAAGAUCGUUUUCCAGCAUAUUUUACCAAUUUUGUUGGCAUUAUCUUCAUGAUUGGACUGACAUUUGCUAUCGUGUUUGGAGUCAUUAUAUACAGAAUCUCCACUGCAGCAGCCUUAGCCCUCAGCUCAACUCCCUCUGGCCGAUCUAGUGUUAGAGUAACAGUCACUGCAACUGCUGUUAUUAUUAAUCUGGUGGUGAUCAUCAUUCUAGAUGAAGUAUAUGGCUGCAUAGCCAGGUGGCUAACUCAGAUUGAGGUCCCAAAAACAGACAAGAGUUUUGAAGAGCGGCUGAUCUUCAAGGCCUUCCUUCUGAAAUUUGUCAAUGCCUACACUCCCAUUUUCUAUGUUGCUUUCUUCAAAGGCCGAUUUGUUGGACGUCCCGGAGACUAUGUCUACAUUUUUCAUUCUUUCCGAAUGGAAGAGUGUGCCCCUGGUGGUUGCUUAAUGGAAUUGUGUAUCCAGCUUAGUAUUAUCAUGUUGGGCAAACAGCUGAUUCAGAAUAAUCUCUUUGAGAUUGGUAUCCCAAAAAUGAAGAAAUUAAUAAGAUACAUCAAAUUAAAGCGACAACGCUCUUUAGAUCAUGAGGAGCAUAUGAAAAAAAAACAACGCUAUGAAGUGGACUAUAACUUGGAGCCUUUUGCUGGGCUUACUCCAGAAUACAUGGAAAUGAUUAUCCAGUUUGGAUUUGUAACUUUGUUUGUUGCAUCCUUCCCGCUGGCUCCUUUGUUUGCGUUGUUGAACAACAUCAUUGAAAUACGUCUAGAUGCAAAGAAAUUUGUCACUGAGCUUAGAAGACCAGUUGCAGUCAGAGCAAAAGAUAUAGGAAUCUGGUAUAAUAUCCUCAGAGGUGUAGGAAAACUUGCUGUAAUAAUAAAUGCAUUUGUGAUCUCAUUCACAUCUGACUUCAUUCCACGCCUCGUGUACCUGUAUAUGUACAGUGAGAAUGGCACCAUGCAUGGCUUCGUGAACCAUACACUAUCCUCUUUUAAUGUCAGCGAUUUUCAAGGAGGAACAGCUCCAAAUGACCCAAUGGAACUUGGCUACGAGAUUCGGAUAUGCAGAUACAAAGAUUACCGAGAACCCCCAUGGUCUGAAAACAAAUAUGAAAUUUCAAAGGACUUCUGGGCUGUCCUAGCAGCAAGAUUAGCAUUUGUGAUAGUUUUUCAGAACUUGGUCAUGUUUAUGAGUGACUUUGUGGACUGGAUUAUCCCAGACAUUCCCAAGGAUAUUAGUCAGCAGAUUCAUAAAGAGAAAGUUCUCAUGGUGGAGGUGUUCAUGAAAGAAGAACAGGGAAAGCUGCAAAUGCUAGAAACCUGGAAAGACAAAGACAUGAAAAAAGGUGAAAACUGUAACCACCACAGCCCCAAGCUCUCAAGGAGCCAAAGCGGGAGCAUGUCCUCCUGCCAUUCAUAUCACAUUGAUGUAUAGAAGAGGAGGGUAGUUUUGUUUUGUUGAGGCAUUCCAUUGAUAAACAAGCCAUCACUUAAAGGGCAAGACUUGAUUUAUGGACACCCAGGUGAAUGUUUAAGUAUGUGCAACCAUUUUGCUCCCAUCUUUGCGAGAAGUGCACUUCUUACAAAUAUGGAAGGCCACAUUCUAUUUUGGAUAGGAUUUUUUUUUUAAGUAACGCAGGGAAUUUUUAUAUUUCAUAGUUAGAUAACACUGUGGAUGUUAGUGUGUGUUAACAAAAUGCUGGUACUUAAAAAUGUUCUCUGAGAAUCUGACUUUAGCUUAUUAAUUAAGAAAUAACCAAAGUAAAUUUCAAAUAAUAAUUUUAAAUCUUUUUGGCAGUCCAUUCCUGAAAGGCUUCGAGCAGAUUUCCAAAAUAUAUGCAAAGUCAAUUUUACAAUGUGCUCUAGCAUUUCAUUUAACAGGAGAAAGGAAACAAUAUAAACCUUAUAUGGCAUCUUCAAUUUCAAAAGAUGCAGCUCAGCUCCCCUGGCAGACAUAAUCUGGAUUUGAACCUGCAGAUCCUAGGCAAACAAAACUCCCAUUGCAGUCACUAGGCUAUAUACACUGAAGCUGAUGCAGGGUAAAUUACCCAUUGGGAGAUUCACCCCAUCAACAGGGAAGCGGGGAGGAGAGAAUAGCUUUUAUUUUAUUUUUUAUUUUUAAAGCUGGGACUCCAUAGGGAUCCUGCUAGCAGUCUGCUGUGCCCUAGAGUCUUCCAUUUGGGCACUUCCCCACUCAGAAAAAUGAGAAGAUGAAGUCAGCACAGACCAUGUUAACCUUAAUCCCAACUCUGCGCACCACUGACAGCUCUUCACUGACCCGAAAAGCUCAUCAGGUGAAUGAUUCAUGUUGAUGCAGGUGCUCCGGUGCCCUAGACAGUAUUGUGGUCUUGUUAUAGUCUACUAAGGGUUCUGAAGCAGUAGCAGCACAGCAGCAGCACAAUUUCAUAGGAUUUCCCAGCAGCCAGAGCACUGUGGAGCAUUUUCAAAAGUGUCCUGAAUUAAUGAGCACAUGUAUAGCUACAGUAAUUUACACUGCCCUGCCUAAUAUCUAGGCACCAUCGUUGCUGAAAGGAUACACCGAAUCCACCUUUCCCCACCAGCUCCUUCUCUACAGCUCACUCUCCUUUGCAAUGAAGAGGAGGUCACACCAUCACAGCCACUUUGCUUGGCUACAGUCUCCCCAACAUGGCAGAC